ACCUUGUGCUUGUUUACUGUCAGUGUUCAAUGGUAAUGUUUAAUGGUCUCAGGUUUAUUGAAGCAAUGACUUUUAAAAUAUAUAUUUGAGUGCAAAUAACAAUGAACAAAACCAACUGUGAAAUAACUAGUGGGCCGAAUAUUGUUAUGGAGGCUCCAAAAUCGAAACUCUUUGCUCAAACUAUUGUGGACAUUAAGGAUGACUUCGAAGAUAAAUAUGAGAAGGCUUAUCGAUCAUACGAAAAGACUAUUUUGAAUGCGAAUGAUAAAGAAUUACAACACCUGCUAUCAGCAACUUUAUGUAAAGAAAAACAACAUGAAGAGAUAUGCUUAGCGCUGAUGUACACGAUUUUGACAGAUCCAAGCGCUGCAGAGAAAGCAUAUUGUGAUCUCACGUUAUUAACCCACGAUGGUCUUUUGUUUGGAACGAACAAUUUGGCAAUGCUCGUAGCUGAAAAAUAUCAUCGGCUGAAUGAUGUUUCACGAAAGCAGUUAUUAUGGUUUCUUAGAGAACUAAUUAAAAAUCAAGUGAUGAAUGUUGAUAAUCUUGUGUGGAACAUAUUACGACAAGCUAGCGGUGGAGAUAUAAGCCCAAGAAAUAUAGCCUUAGUAGAAGGUCUUUUGGAUAUAUUUAUCGAAUAUCGCUUAUGGUUGGAAAAAGACCAGUUUUUAGUCGGCACCGUAGUCUAUACGUUUUUGAGGUUACUUGAAGAUCAUAAUGGGCCACAGUUCAUCAAUCUACAAAUCAAAGAAAUUACCUUUAUUAUAAGUCUCAUAAGAGAAUGUUUUGUUGAUGUGAUGCCCUUAGGACGAGAAUUUGUACGACUGUUGCAAAACGUGUCACGCAUACCUGAAUUUGAAUCUGUUUGGAAGGAUAUACUUUACAACCCUAAAGUAUUAUGUCCAACAUUCAGUGGAGUAUUACAGCUGAUGCAAAUAAAAACCAGCCGACGUUUUCUCAGAUGCCGACUCACCCCAGAUGUUGAACGUAAACUACAUUUCCUGAUAAAUAAUGUAAAAUUUGGGAAUCAGAAAAGGUAUCAAGAUUGGUUUCAAGAAAAAUACUUCACAACUCCAGAGUCUCACAGUCUGCGUUCAGAUUUGAUAAGAUUCAUAAUAGGAGCUAUUCAUCCUACUAACGAUAUGCUUUGUUCAGACAUUAUUCCACGAUGGGCUGUCAUCGGUUGGUUAUUGACCUCAUGUACAAAUGCAGUAGCUCAGGCUAAUGCUAAACUUGCUUUGUUUUACGACUGGUUGUUUUUCGAUCCACUUAAGGAUAACAUAAUGAAUAUUGAACCGGGCAUCCUAGUUAUGUACCAUUCUAUUAAAAAUCACCCGUUGGUUAGCUGUACUUUACUUGAUUUCCUGUGCAGAAUAAUGAAAAAUUUCUAUCCCAGAGGAGAAGACAAAGUACGCGCUGGAAUUUAUAAUUCAUUACGAAUUAUUCUCGAGAAACAGGUUAUACCAAACCUUUUACCAUUGUUGGAGUCUGUUAAAUUAGAUCGUGAAUUGAAAACAAUGCUACGAGAAAAUUUUCGAGAGUUUUUCGCAUUCACACCUGCUUCUCCUAAUUCAUUCAGCGCGGCGAACCCUGUAAAAAUAGUUACAGAUGAAGAGCAAAAUUUUCCAAGUGAUUCUAGCAAGGAUUUUUGGAAUAUUUGUCCAGAGUAUGUAAGCUAUAAUGCGACAGUAGAGUUACAAAAAUUCAGUGAUGACGAGGAUGAUAACACUAGAAUAAUGAAUACAAAGGAUGAACCGUCUGAUGACGACGACUUACCACUUUCUAAAGUAAUGAGAAUGGAAAAACCAGUCAUCCAAUCGCUUCCCGAGGAUUUGUUACAAUUCAUAGAUGCCUUCGUUUUAUCACAAAAAUCUGAUGACUUUGAAUCAAUUCUAAUGUCACUCAAUGCGCCGUCAUGCCUCCUCAGCGUGGAACAAGAGCUGUAUAUUCAUGAAAGAAUCAUAUCUACGCUAAAACAAACAUUAGAUGAUUGUUCAAUAUAUCCGGAAUCUAAAUCUGACGAAUGCCUUUCAGAAAGUAUUAGUCAUCCGUUAUGUUGUCUUUUCAAAGUGCUGUAUCACACGGAGGAAAAAUGUAAAAGAUAUGUGAUAAAUUUAUUAAUAGCUACAUGUAAUCAGAUACCAAGCAUCGGCUAUUUAUUACUACAUUUCCUCAAAGUUUAUGCGAAAUUACAAGCACGGCGGAAGGAAAACUCAACUUCUACAUUGAAAGGCAGCGUUUAUAAAUAUUUCUGUACACUUAUCAACUCUGAAUUCGAGUGUCAAUUGAAGCAGGACCUCACCAUGUUGGAAAAAACAGAUUCGGAAAUGUUCUUUUGGAUACUGCCGGACUUAUUCAAAGAGUACAGAGGUGUAAUGAUAAACAACACGGAUAUUUUUGAAUUAUUCAUAGGAGCCGUUGAUGCAACAAAUUUACGUGAUGUUAUAUUCAGUGUGACUCAAGGAAAGCUCGUUAUGUUAAACAACGAUAACAUAAUUGGUGUGAUUCGAAAAAGUCUCGAAUUCGAGACGUUUGAGCAAUUUUGCUUCUGGCAACUUAUACAAGCUCACGAUGUUCCACUAGAAUCUUUUCAGGAUAUUCUUCCUGAACUGGACCCGACGUUGCAUGCGGAAGCGUUAACGUACAUUCUAUUGUUAUUAAAAAAUGAAAAGCCAUCAACAAGUUUGAUGAAAUGUCUACUUAGUCGAGAUUCCAGAUGUAAAGCAGAUGCAUUUGUCAUUUCAGUACUCAGAUGUUGGUGUGAUGAGUACGAGAGUAAGCUGUCAGAAAUAAUAGCUGGUCUUUUGACAUCGAGAUAUCCUUCGUGCUCUCCAAACAAACGUAAACGUCCUCUGAAAGCGUCUCCAUCACAAAGCUGCACACCAACUUCCGAGCAGAUUCUACAUCAUCUGGAGCAUUUCCGUCGUAGUUGUAGACAUGGUAAUGGAACGGGAACAGGCCUUUAUGUUCAAAACGAGAUGCAAAGGUCGCUGCAGCAAGCAUUUGCUCAUAGCACCGACAGUCAAAAGGUAUGUAAAUUAGACAUGUUUCUGAGGUAGGUUUCUGUAGGUUUUCGGAAACAUAUUGGAUUGUAAAUUGGAAAACGGAAAAUUGGCAACGUAGCUGUAACGAUAUUACUCACUUGAACGGUAAACAGCGUAUGCAACAGAGGUGUAGGUUUGUGACAAGCAGAUGAACAUUUCGUAUAAGUGUUAGUGACUCGAUACAAUGAAUACAACUAGAACUACGAGCUUACAACGACACCUCGCGGAAAUACCGCAGGACUUUUUUGACAGCCUAAUAUAAUGAAAAAUAUCAACAAAAAAAAGACGGGUGGGUAAUAUCGGGGACAUAACCGGAGUGACGUAGG